AUGGCUCCCUCAACUCCUCAAGCUGUCCCCUCUCUCGAUGAGCUUAUCAACCUCUUUGCAACUUCAUCGUCAUCCCCAGCUACCCUCUCCCCCCCUUCAGCAUCGAUCUUCCCUUCCUCUUCCUCUGGAAGCAAAGCUCCAGUGGUCGCAGAGAACCUCAAACCAAACUUGAUUCCUGUAUUCGUCGAAAUCCCGGCCGACCUUCUUACACCUGUUUCAGCUUAUCUUAAGAUUGCCAAAGACAGUAAACACAGUUUCUUGCUGGAAAGUGUUGUUGGCGGAGAAACUCUUGCCAGAUAUAGCUUUGUCGGAUCAGACCCAAUAAAGACGGUUCGGACCGGAGAUGGAUUCGAUGUGGAAGGAGACCCUCUAACGGCGUUGGAGAUAGAACUGGAACCCUAUAGAUUUGUGAAGAUUCCCCAAAUUGGUACAUUUACUGGCGGAGCUGUCGGAUUCAUCACCUAUGAUUCCAUAGUCCACUUUGAACCAGUAACAAAACCUAAGACACCGCUUUCCAACCCAUUUCCUGGAAUGCCCGAAGCAUUCUUCAUGCUCAGUUCUACCAACCUCAUCUUUGAUCACAUUUUCCAAACUGUCAAGAUAGUCUCGCAUGUCCAUCUUCCAGAUGGUACCCCUCCAUCUCAAAUACCAGCAUUAUAUGAGGAGUGUCUCGCUAGAAUUGAAGAACUGAGAAACAAACUGAUCUCACCGGAAGUGUCUCUACCGCCCCAAGGUCCUGUCACACUUGGAUACGAAGCGACAAGUAACGUCGGUAAAGAAGGAUACGAGAAGUUCGUCACCACACUGAAAGAACACAUCGUCAAAGGAGACAUCAUUCAAGCUGUACCAUGUCAACGGUUCACGCGGAAGACGGAUGUGCACCCAUUCAAUGUCUAUAGACAAUUAAGGAGAACCAAUCCUUCACCUUACAUGUUUUAUCUGGACUGUGGAGAUUACAAGAUUGCUGGAGCAUCGCCUGAAUGUUUGUGCAAAGUGGACAAUCGGACUGUAAGCGCACACGCAAUUGCUGGAACACGUAGACGUGGUAAAGACGCCGAAGAGGACGAAAGAUUGGGUCAAGAACUUUUGGCCGACGAAAAGGAACUGGCUGAGCAUGUCAUGCUGGUGGAUCUGGCUCGUAACGAUGUGCACAGAGUCUGUAACCCUCAUACAGUGAACGUCGAUCGUCUCAAGACUGUUGAGAAGUUCAGUCACGUUAUACACCUCACGAGUCAAGUCAGUGGGAAACUUCGCGACGACAAAUCGAGGUUUGACGCUUUGCGAUCCAUUCUUCCCGCGGGCACUCUUUCAGGUGCUCCAAAGAUAAAAGCUAUCCAGCUUAUCAUGGGCUUGGAGAAAGAGCGUCGUGGACCAUAUGGUGGAGGAUUAGGAGUCUUUGACUUUGAUCGCAAUAAUAUGGAUGUCUGCAUCGCAAUCCGUACAAUCGUAUUUAGAGAUGGGGUAGCUAAUAUCAGCACCGGAGCGGGUAUCGUUGCUGAUAGUGUGGAGGAAUCUGAAUACAUGGAGACUGUUCACAAGGCUGCUGGAAAUAUGAAAGCGAUAGAUGAAGCGGAAAAAUAUUAUGCGAACUUGCAGCAAGAAUAA